AUGGAAGUCGCCGACCCUUCUCGUGCACCCCCUGAAUAUAAGGAUGUCGCCUGGAUUGCCGACACCUGCAAGUUACUGAUGGGUAUUGGCUGGACAACCAAUUACGUCGGUAUGAUCUACAAGUCGCUCAAGGACGAGACAUACGCUAUGGCACUCAUGGCGCUAUGCUGCAACUUCGCUUGGGAGCUGACUUAUGCUCUGAUCUAUCCGUUUGGUAGCGAUCUGGAGAUGUAUGUCCACUUCUCCGGACUGAUGUUGAACUGCGGCGUCAUGUACACGGCGGUAAAAAACGCCCACAGAGAAUGGGGCCAUUCCCCAUUGGUGCUGCGCAAUCUCCCCUUGAUCUUUAUCAUUUGUGUCUCUGGCUUCAUGUCUGGACAUGUCGCGUUAGCUGCACAGGUCGGGCCCUCCCUAGCACAGGCCUGGAGUGCAUAUGGUUGCCAGCUGCUUUUGAGUGUUGGGGGGUUGUGCCAACUCCUGUGCCGAGGGCACUCGAGAGGAGCAUCAUAUUUCCUGUGGUAA